AUGUCUGGACCCGGUGUCGGAUUCGAGUACCCCCGCCAGCCCGUCUCGUGGCUCAAGCGCGACGUCCUGCUCUUCGCCAACUCGAUCGGAGCAAAGGCCGACGAGCUCCAGUUCCUCUACGAGCUGCACCCCGACUUCAAGACCUUCCCCACUUACCCCAUCAUCCUCACUUUCAAGGGCACCACCCAGGAGGUCCUCGACUUCUACAAGGGCCAGAAGUCGAUCCAGAUCCCCGACGUGCCCAAGUUUGACGCCAAGCGUGUUCUUGAUGGUCAGCGUCACAUCAAGUUCUUCAAGCCGAUCCCCACUUCGUCUGAGGGACGCAAGUUUGAGAUCCGCACCAAGGUCGCCGGUGUGUGGGACAAGGGCAAGCCCGGUUCCGUCGUCGACACGCAGACCGACCUCGUCGACGCUGCCAACGGCGAUGUCUACGCCUCGAUCCUCUCCUCUUCGUUCUACGUCGGCCAGGGCGGCUGGGGCGGUCCCAAGGGCCCCGCCAAUGCGUCCUACCCUCCGCCGAAGGGCAAGGCGCCGGACGCAACGCUCGUGAACCAGACGACCAAGGAGACGGCGCUCCUCUAUCGCCUGAACGGCGACUACAACCCGCUCCACGCGACCCCGGAGCCGGGACAGAAGAUGGGUUUCGGCGGCGAGAUCAUCCACGGCCUCUACUCGUGGAACUCGACCGCGCACGACCUCCUCAAGGCCCUUGGCAACAGCGACCCCGCCAACAUCAAGGAGUACCAGGCUCGCUUCGCUUCGCCCGUCAAGCCCGGAGACAAGCUCGUCACCUCGGUCUGGCGCACGGGCAACGUUGACAAGGACGGCUUUGAGGAGAUCAUCUUCGAGACCAAGGUCGAGGGCGGCAAGGUCUGUCUCUCCAACGGUCGUGCCCUCAUCAGGACCGCCGCCCAGGCCAAGCUCUAA